CUUCCCAGUGCAAAUGCAACAGCAGCAAUCCCAUCAAGGCUCUCCGUGGGGAGUUGCUCCGCAAAUCCAAUAUCAACAGCCCACACCCAUGGAGCCAAGUUUUGAUCCUGCCAUUAUCUCUUCUGGUCCUCAGAUGGGCGGUCCGCGUUCUCCUUUCGAGGUUUCACAACCCCAGUUCCAGCAUAACAUCUCUUUCGGGCAGCAGGAGCCUAUGCAGGAGCCGCAGCAAACGACGAACGUAGCUUGGCAGACCCAGGCUUAUCAGCCACAGGAACACUGGGCGCCGUUGCCGCCUCAGCAGCACGUGCCUUCAGUCCCUGAGCCCGAGCCGCCAAUUAAACCUGCCAGCCCCGUGAUUCCUCCUGCACACGAAGCCGUGGAGAUACCAGAAUGGACUGAAGCGCCCUCAAUUACGGACUCCGGGCUAGCAAAUGUUGUGCCAGUCAACUCUCCUCAGGUCCCUGCCCCUAUUGCUCGUCCCCGUGGUGAAUCUCUUGUGCAAGUUCCGAAGCCUACGCCUGCCACCACAGAGCCCAAAAUAGCUGCGCCUUUGCCUGCGCCUCUCAACACUACCUCAGCGUCAACCACCGUCACAGCACCCAUUUCAUCUCCUGUAACAGCUGUAUCUCCUG